UCCCCACAUUUCACACUCCAACUCUCUCUCUCUCUCUUUCCUCUGUAUUUGCUUUGCUUUGCUUUUCUUCUCUCUCUCUCCCUUUUCUCUUUUUUGCUUUUUAAUCUUCUCCAUUUUGAGCCCACAAACUAACAAAGAAAUCAUUUCAUUAUUGUAGUUUCUUCCUUUCACUUACCAAAAACCUCCCCUCUGCCAUUGCUCUUUUCUUUUUUCUCUUUUUCUUGCAGAGAAAGUUUCUGGGUUUGUUGUUUUUUUGUUGAUUCUUUGAUUUCGCCACAAUUCUUCAUCUGGGGUUUGGAUUUUUUGUCUGAAUUUUGUGUAAUUCGUUGAUAUGGAGAAGGAAUUCUUCAUGAACGAUGCUGGAUGCAGUUUUUAUGGGAUGGAAAUUCAACCUAAUGAGCUGAAUUCGAGUGGGUUGUUUAAUCCCAAUUGGGAAAAUUCGAUGGAUCAGAGCGAUCUCUUUGAGUCUACUUUGAGUUCGAUUGUGUCUUCUCCGGCGAAUUCUCACGUAAUCGGCGGUGGCGGCGGUAGCGGUGGAGAUAACUCGAUGAUGCGAGAAUUGAUCGGAAGGCUUGGGAGUAUAUGCAAUUCUGGUGAGAUUUCGCCUCAUUCUUACAUUGGUGGAACGAAUAACAAUAGUACGAACACUUCUUGUUACAAUACGCCUUUGAAUUCUCCUCCCAAGCUUAAUUUAUCGUCGAUCAUGGAGUCUCAGAUCAGAGGGAAUUUGAUUCCCCAUCAUCAAAAUCUGACCCCAUUUUCAGCUGACCCUGGUUUUGCUGAAAGGGCUGCGAGAUUUUCUUGUUUUGGGAACAGGAAUCUUGGGGGAUUGAAUGGGCAAUUGGGUUCUAAUGAAACUCAAGAAUUGAGUAACAGACCAAUGGCUGGAGCUGGAGUGGAAUCUGGAAAGCUUUCUAGAGUUUCAAGUAACAAAUCCUUCAACAUUGGUGGAAUUGGAUCUCAAAUUGGGGUUCAGGAAGGUGACCAAAGCCCAGUUCAAAAGGGGAAUUCAAUGCCAAUCCCUAACAAGAAAGUACUGAACAGGUUUUCGAGGUCUUCGACCCCCGAAAAUGCCGGUGAUUCGCGAGAAGGAUCUUCGGUUUCCGAGCAGAUUACAGUUGGGGAAUUGGGUUUCAAAGGUAAAGCUGAAACCAACACUAGGAAAAGGAAAUCAGUUCAAACUGGUCAAGCAAAAGAUCUGAAGGCUGCCGUAGAAAACCAUGAAUCAAAUGGAAAGAAAAUCAAGCCAGAUGAAGUUAUCAAGAAAGAGAUUAAUGCUGCAAAAGGGAAGGCAGAGGCAAAAGAUGGCACAAAAACUUCAGGGGAUGCAAAUCAGAAACAAAACAAUGAUAAUUCAAAGCCGCCUGAGCCUCCAAAGGAUUAUAUCCAUGUCAGAGCUAGAAGGGGUCAAGCUACAGAUAGCCACAGUUUGGCUGAAAGAGUCCGACGCGAGAAAAUCAGCAAACGGAUGAAGUUUCUUCAGGAUCUCGUCCCCGGUUGCAAUAAGGUAACUGGGAAGGCAGUCAUGCUUGAUGAAAUUAUAAACUAUGUUCAGUCUUUGCAGCGCCAAGUCGAGUUUCUUUCAAUGAAAUUGGCAACUGUGAAUCCAAGGAUGGAUUUUAAUAUGGAGACCCUUGUCCCAAAGGAUAUCUUCAAAGGUCCCGGUUUGUCACCGCAUACGGUUUACCCUAUGGAUUCAUCUGUGCCCCAAUUUGCAUAUGAUUAUCAAUCUACGCACAUGCCUGCACUUCAUAGCGGCGUUUCUAAUGGGACAGAAAAGCAAUUCUCAGUUGCCUCAGCAAGUGACGUGAUGCAAAGAAAUCUAAGCGGGCAAAUGCCGGGCGGGUACAACGAAGUCGUGAAUGGAAUCCAAAUUUCAAAGUUCUGGGAAGAUGAACUCAACACUGUAGUUCAGAUGGGUUAUGGUCAAAACCAACUGCAGACUGCUAAUGAUGAGAUGAAAAGUGAAUUGUAAAAGAAUCAAGAACAAAAAACUGAUGAAUUCCAUGGCGGCCCCCCCACAGCGAGAGAGGCUUUCUGUACAUAGAGAGGGAUUCCAGUUCCUUUUUAGUUUUUUUUUUUUUUUUUUUUUUUUUGGAGAAAAUAGAAGAAUUAUUCCCUUUUUUCUUUUUGUUUCUUUCUGAAAAUUAUGUAUCAGCCACUCAUUCUUUUGGAGAAUUCUUUCAAGAAUUCCAUUCUGUAUAAUGCUACAACUAAUUGGCAGAAAAAAGGAAAAAAAAAACUAGUGGUGGCCUCAAUUUUUAUCAGACCACAUUUAUGCUUUCUGUAUAGCCAUUGUAAAAGUAGUGUUGGAAAAGAUUGAAAAGUUCUGACAUUGAAUCCAACCCUUGUGUAUUACAUCUACUCAUAAAUCAUAAAUGUUAUCAUUGUUCCUUUCACACAAA